AUGUGCCGAUGCACAGCUUCCCCGUCCCCUUCCAGCUCCUCACAUCACAGUUUACAUCCUCACCACCCUACUGCAGCUCCACGACCAGCGGUAUCACAUACACAUUCACCUCAUCCUGCAUCCCCUUUUGGUACUGCAUUAGCUAGAGGGACAGGAUCUGUAUCAGCAUGUACUCCAUCAUCUGCUCCAGCAUCAGCUGCAUCGACCACUGCUGUAGGCGGAACACAGUCAUUCCGACAGACUAUUUCACUCAUUAACAACAAUUUACAUCCGUCGGAGAUGUGCAGCCGUAGGAUAACUCUGAUAGUGAAAGAAAGAUUGGUCGAGGAAGGCCACUGUUGGAAGACUGUGCCCAAUGAAACUAAGGAGUUUUAUUGGCAGGAAUUCAAAAAAAAGGCAGCUGAGCGAUACAGGGGCUUAAUUUGGGAAAUCAGGAAAGGGAAGACGAAGAAUCUUGCAACCCCUGAUUCUGUUUUGAGGAAGUGGCAGAAAACUUGGAACACUUCUGAAUACAAAGAGAAGUGUGAGAAGUUUUCUGCCAAUAGGCGCAGUGAGGCUGGAGGGUCAGGAUCUAGCAUUUCCAGGCACGCAUGCGGUUCUGUUUCACAAUAUACCCACCAGCGGAGGAUGAGGGAAAGACUAGGCAGAGAACCACAUCUUCAUGAGCUUUUUGAGGCCACACAUAAGAGAAAGGGGACGGAGGAGUUUGUUGAUGCGAGGUUAAAAGCUAUUUAUGAUAAAUACGUACAUGAGGGAAGCAAUGAGCCGACACCCAUAAAUGAGGCCCAACUGUACUACGAAGCGGUUGGCGGACAUAAAAAGAGUCGAGUUUAUGGGUUAGGGUCUCAGGCUUCAGCAUAUUUUCAUGAGCCAUCUCAUUGUUCUGCAUCAUACACGUCUGCACCCCCAGUGGAUCCUCCUACAAUUGAAACAAUGAACAGGAUGCAGAAUAAAAUUGAUCGGCUAGAGACAGAAAAUAGUCGAAUUACCACAAGGCUGGACGAGUUGCAGACGAUUAUGCAUAGGAUGAUGGCACAACAGGGUAUUGGGACAUCCACUCAGACAUCUGCUCCUACGGCACCUCCAGCUCCGUCUCCACAGCAGCGGCUGUAA